CUGGAUUCUCAAGCACUGACUCCUGAAUUACCCUGGCAACAACCAGGGGCCACAUCCCACCGCCUGCCCAGCGUCCAUCCAUGGGGAUGAGAACCAUGUCCCCCCCUGCCAUCUCACCCACUGAAGGGGACAAUCUCUGUGAGGUAGAUGUCACCAAUGUGGCCAUACACAGUGUGACACUGCUCAUCUGCCUCUGUGGGCUGGCUGGGAAUGGGGCUGUCCUCUGUGUCCUCAGAUUCUGUAUCCAGAGGGACACCAUCAAACCCAUCACUGCCUGCAUCCUUGACCUGGUCAUCAUCAACUUCCUCUUCCUCAUCUUCAUGGUUCCCUCCACUCAGCUCUUCCUGCUGCAGCAUUUGUCCCGCUCUGCCAUUGAACCUCCAGCAUACAUAAGCUUCCUUUUCCUCCUCUUCCUGCUGUUCUACAGCCUAGGGCUGUACUGGCUGAUGGCCAUCAGCAUCGAGAGGUGCAGGUCCAUCCUCUGCCCACGUGGGCUCUUCUGCCAUGUUCCCCAGCACCUCUCAUGGGUGCUGGUGAGUCCCGUGCUCUGCGCCCUUUCCAUCACUGUCAUCGCUGCCAUUUCUGCAGUGACUUCCCUGUGCAAGUCACAGGAACACAAGCUCUUGGGGGCUCUCAUCUCCCUCUACGUCCUCAACUGCCUCGUCUUUGCUCCAUCCGUGGUCAUUUCCUGCACAAUCCUCUUCAUUCAUUUCAAGGGUAGCUUCCAGCAGCAGCAAUUCAAGAGGCUCAACAUCAUUGUCUUCCUCACUGUGCUCCUCACUCUUCCCCUCAGUCUCUGGAAUUUCCUGCAGCAGCUCGGCUACACCACUGUGUCCCCUCAGGCUGUUCUGCUGCGCUGCAUGCACAGCACCAUCAACCCCUUCAUCUACUUCUCAGUUACAAAGUGCUGGAGGUGCUGCUCCAUGGAGUCCCUCAGGGAGUGUCUCCAGAAGGUCUCUGAGGCGCCAGAAGGAAGCACUGCCCCCAGUAAUGAUGCCAGCAGGGAUACGGGGGGCUGAGCCUGUUGAAUCCUUCAACUGCCCCGAUGCAGGACCAUGGGGCAAUGGCUGAGGGUUUCCUUGAGCCACCAGAUUACUAAAUUUCCAUGAUAUCACUCUCCUGCUCCGUAUUCCUGCAGGAGAAGGCAGCAGGGGCAUUGCCAAGGGCUAUGUGUGAGAAAUGCUCUGCGGGAAGCACAUUGGAGCAGGGCUUUGCUCCUCCCUCGCGGGUCCUAGAGCACUGUUUCCCAAACGGAUCCUUCCCAACAUGGCUGUGAUCCCAAAAUUCCCCCUGGCACUUGGUUCCUGCA